AAAAGCCCCAGGCACCCUCGGCUUAAUGCUGAAGCAGAGGAAAUGAAUUUUCAUGUUUGUAGAAUGAGGACUUUUGUGGUUUAGCACAAACAGCUGACUAUCUACUCAGACCAAAUGACCCUAAUCAAAUCAACCCACAGAGAUGGAGCUCUGGUUUACAUGAAAGGAAGGGGGUUGUUCACCAUUCAAAAUAAUUUCUUCCUUACUCCAAGUUUUUUGAUUAAGACCUGAUUCAUGGUGCGUUUAAAACGUAAUGCAGUUCAUACUCAACUUGCCAGGGGUCCGAAAUCGUGUCAAGUGAGACACAACUGUAACAGCAUAAGGCCCUUGGCAACUUCCCGGGCUCCAGCCAGAGGGCAGCCCAGCUGUCACUGCAGCAAACAGGUGGUGUAUAACAAUAGCUCCACUGAGGCGACGAGCUCUUCAAACCCUCUAGCAGCCAAGCGCCUAGCCAGAGUGGCAGUGAGCAGCACAGGCCACUACUCUGCCACCAGUGCACGCCAGCGCCCACAGCCCAUGGAGCCUUGGCCUCUCCUCCUCGGCCUCUGCGCAGCUGGCCUGGUCCUGGGCUCUGAACAUGAGACCCGUCUGGUGGCAAAGCUAUUUAAAGACUACAGCAGCGUGGCGCGGCCAGUGGAAGACCACCGCCAGGCCGUGAAGGUCACUGUGGGCCUGCAGCUGAUACAGCUCAUCAAUGUGGAUGAAGUAAAUCAGAUUGUGACAACCAAUGUUCGUCUGAAACAGCAAUGGGUAGAUUACAACCUAAAAUGGAAUCCAGACGAUUAUGGUGGUAUUAAAAAAAUUCACAUUCCUCCAGAAAAGAUCUGGCAUCCAGACUUCGUUCUCUAUAACAAUGCAGAUGGUGACUUUGCCAUUGUCAAGUUCACCAAAGUGCUCCUGGACUACAGCGGCCACAUCACGUGGACACCUCCAGCCAUCUUUAAAAGCUACUGUGAGAUCAUCGUCACCCACUUUCCCUUUGACGAGCAGAACUGUAGCAUGAAGCUGGGCACCUGGACCUACGAUGGUUCUGUGGUGGACAUCAACCCAGAAAGCGACAAGCCGGACCUGAGCAACUUCAUGGAGAGCGGGGAGUGGGUGAUCAAGGAAGCCCGCGGCCAGAAGCACAAUGUGACUUACUCCUGCUGCGACACCAUCUACCUGGACGUCACCUACUACUUCAUCAUGCAGCGCCUGCCGCUCUACUUCAUCGUCAAUGUCAUCGUCCCCUGUCUACUCUUCUCCUUCCUGACUGGCCUGGUGUUCUACCUGCCCACGGACUCAGGAGAAAAGAUGACUCUGAGCAUCUCUGUCUUGCUGUCUUUGACCGUGUUCCUUCUGGUCAUCGUGGAAUUGAUCCCUUCUACCUCUAGUGCUGUGCCCUUGAUUGGGAAAUACAUGCUGUUCACCAUGGUGUUUGUCAUUGCAUCCAUCAUCAUCACUGUCAUCGUCAUCAACAUGCACCACCGCUCACCCAGCACCCACGUUAUGCCCAAGUGGGUGAGGAAGGUUUUUAUCGACACUAUCCCGAAUGUUAUGUUUUUCUCCACAAUGAAAAGACCAUCCAGAGAAAAGCAAGACAAGAAGAUUUUUACAGAAGACAUUGAUAUUUCUGACAUUUCUGGGAAGCCAGGGCCUCCGCCCAUGGGCUUCCACUCUCCCCUGAUCAAACACCCCGAGGUGAAAAGUGCCAUUGAGGGUGUCAAAUACAUCGCAGAGACCAUGAAGUCAGACCAGGAGUCCAACAAUGCAGCCGAGGAGUGGAAAUAUGUUGCAAUGGUGAUGGACCACAUCCUCCUCGGAGUCUUCAUGCUCAUCUGCAUCAUCGGAACCCUAGCUGUGUUUGCAGGUCGGCUCAUUGAAUUAAAUCAGCAAGGAUAAGCAAAAGCUGAGUUGAGCCCAGUUCUGCCCCAGGACCUGCCAGAGCACAGAAGGCAGGAAGGAGAGGGAGAUUUGUCAACUUUGAUACACUCUCACUUAUCAAACAUGUAAUUUUCUGUACUUAUCAUUAAUGAUAAUAUUUAUGUUUGAAGUGUUUUCACAUUGCUUCUCCCUUCAAUCCUGCUGUGUCUCCCUGGAGUGAACCCUCUUCAGUAAAUAAAACUAGAUUGCUAAAAAAUGG